UGAAAGUUCAAAGGUUAUAACUUUCAGAGGUGUGCACUUUGGACCAGUUCAAUGAUGAUUUGGUGUUAAAAGUCUUUUAUUAAACGUCUGCUUGUUUAUGAAGAUUAUUGAAGAUGUCCGAUGAUCCUAGGGAGUCUUCUGAGGAAGAUGUCACCCCGGCAGGCGGUGGUGAUUCAGCCACCGUGCCGCCGCAAAGCGGUCCUCGGCAGCAUGCGCAGGCCGGCCCGCGGGAGCCACGGGGCGGGCCCCGGGACCAGUACGUGCUGGGAGUGGACGUCGGCACGUCGACGUUACGCUGCCAUGUGUACGAUAAACUCGCCAACGUCAAGGGAUCCAGCAGCAAGAAGGUCCAUUUACUGCACCCCCAGCCAGGCUGGGUAGAGAUGGACCCAGAAGUCCUGUGGACAGACUUUGUAGAUGUUGUUAAUGAGGCCAUUAGAGCUGCAGGUGUUACAGCUGGCCAGGUGGCAGGGCUGGGCAUCUCCACACAGAGGUGCACCUUCACCAUGUGGGACAGAGAGACAGGAGAACUGUACCAUAAUUUCCUGACCUGGCAGGACUUGAGAGGUUCAGAACUGGUGGAAUCGUGGAACAACUCUUUAACAAUGAAGGCAGUCCACGGUGGAGGAAGCUUGUUGUACCUCAUGUCCAGAAGUAAACGGUUUUUGGCAGCUAAUGUACUGAAGUUCCUCCCCCAACAAAUAACAAUGAAAGUCAUGUGGCUGCUGCAGAAUAACCUCACAUUGAGGAGACGUGCCUUUAAUGGUCUGGUUUCUUUUGGAACCAUUGACACUUGGCUGCUGUGGAAACUAACAGGAGGCCAGGUGUAUGCCACUGACUAUUCUUGUGCCAGUUCAACAGGACUUUAUGAUCCAUACAUAAGACAAUGGAACAAAUUCUUUACGAAUUUGUUGAGCAUCCCCAUUUCUAUCUUUCCUCCAGUGGAGGAUACAAGUAAGAUUCAUGGUGUCUGUGAAACAAAGUGGUUUGGUGCUCCCAUACCCAUUGCUUCCUUGGUUGCAGACCAACAGGCGGCCAUGUUUGGUGAGUGCUGCUUUGACCCUGGGGAUGUGAAAUGCACCAUGGGAACUGGGAGCUUCAUGGACAUCAACGUUGGUAGUACCCCACAUACCUCCAUGGCAGGUCUGUACCCACUGAUUGGUUGGAAGAUCGGAGACGAGAUUGUCUUUCUGGCAGAGGGAAACGCCAGCGACACUGGAACUGCUAUAGACUGGGCCAGGUCUAUUGGUCUAUUUGAAGAUUAUGCUGAGACAGCUGAGUUGGCAGAGUCUGUUGAGGAUUCCAGUGGGGUAUAUUUUGUUCCUGCCUUCAAUGGCAUUCAGGCCCCGGUGAAUGACCCCCGAGCCUGCUCCUUGUUUCUGGGCCUGUCCUCCACCACCACCAAGGCUCACAUGCUCAGGGCUCUGCUGGAGUCACUAGUCUUCAGAAACAAGCAACUUUAUGAAACCAUGCUGAACGAAACAAAAAUACCAAUUACCUACAUCAGAGCUGAUGGUGGGGUCUCCAACAACAGUUUUGUGAUGCAGCUGACGGCUGACCUCCUGAACCGGACGAUCACCAGGCCCAAACACGUGGACAUGUCCAGCCUUGGGGCAGCCUUUCUAGCAGGACUUGCUGUUGGGAUGUGGAAGAGCAAGGAAGAACUGAAGGGUCUACAGACCUCAGAGCGGGUCUUCCAGCCUCGGCCGGUGUCUGAGGGUGUGUGGGAGAAGUACCGGCACAUUGUGGAGCAGUGGGAACGGGCGGUCAAGAGAUCUCUGUACUGGUAUCCAGCAAAGAACGAAUAAACACAUUACCAGCUAAGGCCUAGGAAAAAAAUGUUGUGUUUCCUAUUUUAGUCCUGAUAAAAUUGGGGUGAGUAGGUAGACAUUU